AUGGCGCAAGGUUGGGAAGCCGAUAAGAUGCUUGAUGUUUAUAUUCACGACUAUUUGUUGAAAAGAAAGUUGCAUGCGUCUGCAAAAGAAUUUAUGACUGAAGGAAAAGUGGCCACAGAUCCAGUAGCAAUUGAUGCUCCUGGAGGAUUUCUCUUUGAAUGGUGGUCUGUCUUCUGGGACAUUUUUAUUGCAAGGACUAAUGAGAAACAUUCUGAAAAUGCUGCAGCUUACAUAGAGACACAACAAUUUAAGGCAAGGGAGCAACAACAGCUACAAAUACAGCAGCUGCAACUCAUGCAGCACCGCAAUGCACAACUGCAACGGAGGGAUCCUAAUCAUCUAGCUAUUGGCAGUUCUAUAACCACAUUAAACUCUGAAGGAAUGAUGGGGCAGUCAUCAGCCAGUGUCUUGGCCAUGAAAAUAUAUGAAGAACGUAUGAAACACCCUCAUCCGAUGGAUUCAGAGACAUCAUCAGCUCUAAUUGAUGCCAAUAAGAUGGCCCAUCUCAAAACUGCUAACAAUCAUCAAGUCCAACUGGUACAAAGUAAUUCUGGGAACAUGUCUUCAGCUUUGCAGCAGAUCCAAGCGCGGGCACCUUUAACCGCUGACAUCAAGAGUGAAAUUAAUAUGGGCACAUCUCAGAAAAGUUUGCCCAUGGAUCCUUCAUCUAUCUAUGGUCAAGCAAUGUUACAGUCAAAAUCUGGACUGGCAGGUUCAGGACUGAAUCAAGGUGUCGCAGGUCUUCCAUUAAAGGGUUGGCCUCUGACUGGACUUGAUCAAUUAAGACCAAAUUUGGGUGCACAAGUGCAGAAGCCCAAUAUGCAGACUCAUAAUCAGUUUCUUCUCGCAUCACAUCAGCAACAGCAGAUUUUGGCACAGGCACAAAGCAACCAUGGAAAUCCAACGAACUUUGGAGAUAUGGAUCCCCGUAGGUUUUGUCAGUUUCCUCGGGGUAGCUUUAAUGCAAAAGAUGGUCAAUCCACUAGAAAUGAUGGAUCAAUAAGCUCCCCGGUGCAAUCAACUUCUCCUAAGAUGAAGGUGGCUCAGAUGCAACAUUCUUCCUCUCAACAACAGGAUCAAUUGCAGCAACAGCAUAACAGGAAAAGGAAACAACAGUGUUCUUCAGGAGCUGCGAACAGCACAGGCACAGGAAAUACAGUGGGCCCUUCACCUAACUCGCCUCCAUCAACUCACACCCCUGGGGAUGGAAUGACUACUGCAAGUAGUGCACAGCAUGUUAACAAUGUGCAGAAAAGCUUGAUGAUGAAUGGUCCAGAGGGAACAAUAGGUCUUGCAACAUCUUCCAAUCUGCUGGAAGAUAUAGAACGAUUUGGGGAUGUCGGUUCCAUAGACGACAAUAUGGAAUCGUUACUUUCACAUGAUGGAGGAGAUGGAAGAGAUUUGUAUGGAGCCCUGAAACAAAGUCCUACUGAGUACCAAAAAGAGUCAUCAUCUAAAAGUUUUACCUUUUUUGAGGUUGGCUGCCAACGGACAAGAAAUAAUAGCAUGGUCACUUGCUGUCAUUUUUCUUCUGAUGGGAAGUCACUAGCCAGUGCUGGCCAUGACAGGAAGGUUGUCCUAUGGAACAUGGAUACAAUGCAGACAGAGAGCACACCUGAAGAACAUAAAUUAGUUAUCACAGAUGUUCGUUUCAGGCCGAAUUCGUCUCAGCUGGCAACAGCUUCAGUUGAUAAAUCUGUGCGAUUAUGGGAUGCAGCCAAUCCAAACUUUUGUUUGCAAGCAUAUACCGGGCACUGUUCGCCAAUUAUGUCCCUUGACUUCCAUCCUAAGAAGAAUGAUAUUUUUUGUUUUUGUGAUAAUGACAAUGAAAUUCAGUAUUGGAGUGUCAGUCCAUUUUCGUGCACUCAUACUAUAACAACAGUGAUUGAUAAUUUGUUGUUUCUAUAA